AUGUCUACUUCAAUCUCCAUUCAGAAGGCCAACCUCGCCGACGCCCGUGAGACCUUUGAAGCGGCCCUUCUGAGUCUCUUCACAGGCAAAGUCGAAAAUACGGAGUCAGAUCUCGAGAAGAUAUUCCAUCCCGACUUCACCUUCCGCGACUCGCGCGAGGACGGCCUGGUCAAGCACAAAGACUAUGCCGACUGGGUCAAACACGUCAAAUUCCUCCGCACGGCUGAUAUCGGUCUUGUGGACUUCAAAAUCGUCCAGUUCUUGAGAGACGGCUCUCUGCUCGCCGAGCGCCACAUCGCGCAGGGCAAAGGACCCGACGGAAAGGUCGUGCAGUCGGAGACGAUGAUAUUCGCCGAGAUUGCCGAGGACGGAAGGGUCAAGUCUAUUGUUGAGAACGUCAAUCUGAAUGAGCCGGUCAAGAAAUAG